AUGGUCGUGGCUCCAUUGUUGCGCUUCCCCCUGGGGAUGCGCUGUAUGAGCUCCAACUUGUAUAAAACGCAGACCAACAUUGCAAGCAGAAGCACGAGCUCCUUACUCAAGGGUCUCCGAUCCAACUAUUCGCAUCUCCGAAAUUUCUCGGCAAGUCCUGCAACAUGGCAAACCGAAGCUUUGGAUCGGACCCGAAAUAUUGGCAUUAUCGCCCAUAUUGACGCCGGCAAGACCACUACCACCGAACGCAUGUUAUACUACAGCGGCUUCACAAGGCGUAUCGGUGAUGUGGAUGAAGGAUCAACAGUAACCGAUUUCCUUCCCGCUGAGCGUGCGCGUGGUAUCACCAUCCAGUCGGCUGCCAUCACCUUCCACUGGCCUCCUGGAGAGGUAGAUGGAUCAACGCUCCAGCAAGCUGGGCCUGAUGGUGCACCAAUUCCGCGCUCUGCAUCUCCGCACACCAUAAAUCUGAUUGAUACACCUGGCCAUGCAGACUUCACGUUUGAAGUCAUGCGGUCUUUGCGCAUUCUCGACGGUGCAGUCUGCAUUUUGGAUGGCGUUGCUGGUGUUGAGGCACAGACGGAGAAGGUCUGGAACCAGGCAAGCACAUACAAAAUCCCUCGAGUCAUCUAUGUGAACAAGCUCGACCGUGAUGGGGCCGCUUUUGGCCGCACGGUACGGGAAGUCAGCUCUCGUUUGGGUGUAUAUCCGGCAGUGUGCCAAAUCCCAUGGUUCCAGGGCAGCAAUGGACCCUUUGUUGGAGUAGCAGAUGCAAUCAACCUCCAAGGACUGAGAUGGAAGGAGGGAGAGGACGGCCGCGCUGUGAAGAUGGUUGAUCUACAGCAGCUAGAGGCCGAGGAACCGUCCUUGGCUCAGGAAUUGCGACGUGCACGUAUUGCAUUGAUCGAGCUGCUCAGUGAACAAGACGAGGCCAUUGUUGAAAAGUUCUUCGAGUGCGACGAAGAUCAUCUUGCCGUCUCGUCCGCUGAUAUCAUCGAGAGUCUGCGCCGCUGCGUGUUGGAUCAGAGCAGCCGGAUCGUUCCUCUUUUCGCAGGUGCCAGUUUCCGGAACAUGGGAGUCCAACCAUUGUUGGAUUCUAUUGUGAACCUUCUCCCCAGUCCACCAGAGGCUCCCGAUCCAGAGGUCAGUAUCGGCGGUGUCAAGGGUGGUCUGCGGAGACUACUGUCUGGAGGCCUGAUCAUCGAGCAGGGUGAACAGGCCGCUGCACCAUCAAAAGGCAAGCAACACAAGAGGAAGAAAUCAGCAUUGCAAUCCGACUCCAAGGAUGCAAUUUCCAAACUUCAAAGCUGCGCAUUGGCAUUCAAGGUCGUCAAUGACCCGAAGCGCGGAGUUCUCGUCUAUGUGCGAGUGUAUUCCGGCUCAUUAGACCGCAACAGUCUACUCUUUAACACGAACCUGCAUGUUUCUGAGCGCGCUCCUCGUCUACUCAAGAUGUAUGCCAAUAAUGCAGUGGAAGUGGACUCGAUUCCCGCUGGACACAUUGGAGUAGUGGUCGGACUCAAGCAAACCCGAACAGGCGAUACUCUCGUAUCAUACGCAGGAAACAAAGCCACACCCCCAGAGCCGCUCACCAGUCUCCAACUGCGACCAAUUGCAGUUCCACCACCAGUAUUCUUCACCAGCGUUGAACCUCACAGCCUGAGUGAAGAAAAGCGCAUGCAUGAGUCACUCGCACUCCUCCUACGUGAAGACCCUAGUCUGCACGUCACUAUGGACGAAGAAUCAGGCCAAACUCUCCUGAGCGGCAUGGGAGAACUCCAUCUCGAGAUUGCUCGCGAUCGACUAAUUAACGACCUAAAGGCUAAGGCCUCAAUGGGCCACAUCGAGAUUGGAUACCGCGAAUCAGCACUCGGCGCAUCAAACCCCAUAAGCAAGAUUUUCGACAAAGAAGUCGCAGGCCGCAAGGGCAAAGCAGGCUGCACAGCAGUAGUCAAAGCACUAGACGAAGACGCCUCGCCUGCAGAGGUCGACCAAGACACGCUCCUCAUCGAGACCUACGACGGCAACCAGAUCAUCAUCCGCGCCCCAGGUCUCCAAGUCGAACACUCGCGCGAUGAAGAAACAAGCCCAUUUCUCCCGCCAGGCAUGGAUCUCGUCACCUUUCGGAUGGCCCUUCAAAACGGAGCCAUGGCAGCCCUUGCUCGUGGCCCCCAAUUUAUCUUCCCAAUGCAUAAUGCCCAAGUCACACUCACCAUCGACCCAGCCGCCCACCUCUUCGGUAAUGAAACAACAACCUCUGCCCUCUCCGCCGCGGCACGGCAAGCCACUGCUGCUGCGUUGAAGGAUGUGCAAGCUGGCGCCGGUACGUCGAUGAUGGAGCCAGUGAUGAAUGUUAUCAUCAGCGUGGACGAGGCUAGUCUCGGUUCCGUUGUGCAUGAUAUUUCGUCCUCCCGUGGUGGACAUAUCAUUUCUCUCGACGAGGAAAUACCCCUGUCAGAGACGGAUGCGUCGCCGACUUCCGAGUCUACGUUUGAGGAAGAACAAUUGCCUCCUAUUGACCCGAAGCGUGUUUAUGCACCGGCGGAUCCGUUCGAGACUCCCUCUGUUGGUGUUGAGAUUCCUGUUUCUACUGCUCGGCCACGUACUAUCACCGCCAAAGUGCCGCUUAAGGAGAUGGUUGGGUACUUGAAGCAUCUGCGCAGUUUGACUGCUGGCCGAGGCACUUUCGUCAUGAGUGUUGAUCGGUUUGAGAACAUGUCUUCUCAGCGACAAAAGGCUGUUCUUGCGGAAUUGAGAGGAGGAUUCUGA